CCUAGUGAAACAGCCCUCGGAGUUUAACAGAGCUCAUGUCAGUACAGAGCAGGAAGCACCGUAGUACGUUAGCGAAAUUAUUCUUACCAAACACGUGAACUAAAAGCGAAAAAGUUAAUCAAAAGGGAAAACACAACUACACAUUUCUUUAUUACAAAUCGGGAUAACUAGAAGGGAAAAAAAUGUUUUAAUUUCUACCGUUAUGGGAAUGAAUGAACCACAAGAUCGUUAUUGAAGACUUGGAACUUUUGCGAAAUUGAAUGCAGCAAAGUCUUGCAGAUCUUACAGCAUUGGAUUCCUCAGACCAUCCUCCUCAACAAGAGCAGCAGCAGCAUAUUCAACUGGCUGGUAAUCUCCUCUCACCUGAGACAAAAAGCUGCAGCGUCAGCUGCGUCUCCACCUCCUCUGUUUCUCCAUACAGUCAGAGCACCGGCAGCACAACACCAUGGCUGCAGCCAAGACAGAGAUGCUCCCCUCAGCCCUGCAGAUCUCAGACCCACUGGGCUUCUCCUACUCUCCCAUGGACAGCUACCCCAAGCUGGAGGAGAUGAUGUUGCUCCACUCAACAGGGACCCCCUUCCUGACUGCCUCUGCACCAGACGGUGUAGGCUUUGGUACCGGGGAGCCAGGAGACUCAUACAACCAUCUGACUGGAGAUACAUUGCAUGAUAUCUCUAUCGGCUGUGAGAAGUCUCUCAUGGAGCAGACCUACUCAACCCCUCGCCUGCCUUCCGUCUCCUACACAGGGAGGUUCACCCUGGAGCCUGCAACCAGUUGCAGCAACAGCCUGUGGCCAGAGCCAUUAUACAACCUGGUCAGUGGGCUAAUGGGCAUGUCCCAACCACCCACCUCAGCUGCCCCAUGCUCCUCUGCUGCUCCGGCCAGCUCCUCCUCCCACACCGUGAGCUGGCCCAUCCAAAUCGGCGACACCAGCACCACCUACUGCAGCGUCAGCCCUGACCUCUUCCCUGACUCCAACCAGACCUUUUCCAGCCCCUCAAACAGCUCAGUCCAGUACCCACCACCCGCCUACCCCAGCAGCAAGACAUGCUCCUCCAACAUGUCUCUGCCCAUGAUACCAGACUAUCUACUUCCUCAGCAGCAGGGUGAGAUCAGCUUGCUUCCCCCUGACCAGAAGCCUUUCCAGUGUCAGAGCAUCCAGCAGCAGCUCUCCCUCACGCCUCUGUCCACCAUCAAGGCUUUCGCCACACAGACUGGUUCUCAGGACCUGAAGGGCUCCUACCAGUCUCAGCUGGUGAAGCCUGGUUCUCAGGACCUGAAGGGCUCCUACCAGUCUCAGCUGGUGAAGCCCAGCCGCAUGCGCAAGUACCCCAACCGCCAGUGCAAGACUCCGCCUCACGAGCGGCCCUACGCCUGCCCCAUGGAAACAUGCGUCCGCCGAUUCUCCCGUUCAGACGAGCUGACACGCCACAUCCGCAUCCACACGGGCCAAAAGCCCUUCCAGUGCCGCAUCUGCAUGCGCAACUUCAGCCGCAGUGACCACCUGACCACGCACAUCCGCACGCACACGGGCGAGAAGCCCUUCCCCUGCGACAUCUGCGGCCGCAAGUUUGCCCGCAGCGAUGAACGAAAACGGCACACCAAGAUCCACUUGAGGCAGAAGGACAAGAAGGUGGAGAAGGUAGGGUCCGCCCCCAUAGCCAUCCCUUCCCCAGUCUCAGGGUACACCUCCCCCUCCACAUCAUACCCCUCUCCCAGCUCCUCAUACCCCUCCCCAGUGCCGUCCUCAUACCCCUCCCCAGUGCCGUCCUCAUACCCCUCCCCAGUGCCCUCCUGCUACUCCUCCCCAGUGCACAGCUCCUAUGGCUCCCCAUCAGUCAACACCAUGUACUCCUCAGCCUCCAGUACAUUUCAAACGCACUUAUCCACCUCGUACGGCUCCCCCACAAACAUUUACAGCUCCCCUGUGGGCACUCCUCAGUCAGACCUGCAGUCCACCCUCUCUCCAAAGAACAUUGACAUCUACUAAGACUUUCGUAUCUUUACUUAUCAUUUAUUUCUGUUUGAAAAGAACAAGCAAACAUCAUUGUUACCUUUUCGAAGGCACUUUUUCUCCCCCUGUGUUCGUACAGCACUUAAUGAUCAUGAAACGUGACCGAUAGCGACAGAGGAUGGAAAGGGAACGGUUUCUCUCUUCAACUCAACCCCAGUACUUCAACGAGUCUUCUGAUAUGUAGAGAGCAAAGGAUAAAUGUGAUUUUGGUGGGACUUUUUGAUACUGACAGCCUGAAAUUCAAAGAGCCUGAUGAUAUGCAGACCGUGUAUCUGUGUCCUUUUUGACUUUGUAGAUGAUUGUUCUUUACAUGGUAUCAUGGGAACUUGUUGGCACCACGUUUCUCUGAAUACGUUUUCUCGUAUGUAGUAACAAUGGUGAAACCAUGUUUUAUUGGAGACGUACUCAAGCAUGUUUACUGUAAGACACAUUUUUGUUUCUAUUGCUUUGUAUAUUACCCAUUGGUACUCUCUUCCCUGUUCCUUUUUCAACAUGGAUUCAUGAAAAAAAUAAUUUUUAAUUAACAUUU